UGUUGGCAACAUGACUAAUGUUUACGCUUUGAGGGUUGUGUGUGUUUUGUUGUAGUAGUGUAUAACGCUGUUAAGUUUAUUCCUACUUUAUUGCGUAGAAGAUUAAGAUCUUCACGUCGUUUUGCCGGAUGCCAGAAAGACAAGCGAAGGUUUCUAUACUAGGAAAAGUCGCUCGGAUUCAGUGUAAUCGUCCAUCCUAGCGUUUCUCCGAAUGCUGCCUUGAUGCGUUUAUAUAGAUGGAUAUCCUCCCUAGUUUUCGCGAAUUGUUUGCAGUUGUGGUUCUUUUUGGUGCAAUACGUGGGUCCUCUGAGUCAGAAGGUAAAGAGCUCGUAAUAACCGUCCCGUCUGGCAAGGUAGCGCGCCGAGUUGAUGAUGACCUGAACCUCACCUGCAAAGUCGCCUCUGAGGAAAAGUUCCAUAUAACAUGGGUUAUUCCCCAGGACAAGAUGCGCCAGGCGCAUCGAAUCAAGAUAGAGUCUGAACAUUUCAACGAAAAGACGGUGACCAUCUAUCACCUGGAGGAACCCGACACCGGGUGGUACACAUGCGUCGCUCGCCAUCACGAUUCCAAUGUUAACCGAGUGUUCAACAGAACGGUCUAUGUGUCCGUGUCAACUUACGCAUUAUCUGGCAGGCGGCCCUGCUACAACCAGUCCUUUGUGUGUGGCAAUGGUUACUGCAUUCCGAAACGAUAUGCCUGUGACGGCCACGUCGACUGCCAUGACAGUUCUGAUGAAGCACCCAAGCACUGCGGGACUGACCCCUGUGAGGACAAGGUGCUCUGUGAAGAUGGCCGCUGUCUGCCACGCUCGCUGUGCUGCGACCCUGCAACACAGCCAGACUGUCGAGUCACCUAUGUGCUUCCUUGCUGCAAAAAGUACCUGGCCAGCAUAGCCAACACUACAACAUCGCUGGUAGGCGUGCUACGCCCCCCACACCAACGGUUGGGUGCCAGCGUGGAAUACCUGCAGUCGUCAGUGUACACAGUUGUCAGUUGCGCGGUGGUCUUCAUCCUGGUUGCCACGGUCAUGGUGGCGGCCAUCUGCCGCAUACACAUGCGCCGUGCUGUCAUGGCGAGCCCCUUCCCUUUUGUCAGUGGCCACGCCGACCACCGUUGUCUUCCCUGGUGUCGGCCGCUACAUCACCCAGUCACCACGACAGGGAUGAGCUUCGGCGAAGGGGGUGCCGCAUCAUGCACGCACCUCGCGGGAGCCGACCUUCGGACGGUGACAUGCGCCCAUGGCAGCUACGUGGUCGCCACAUACAGCAGCAGUGGUACGCCGGGUGGCCGGCCCAAGCUGCACUUCCUACAGCAGCUUCCCAAGCCUCCCGAGUACUCGCCACUCGCCCAGGGCCCACCACCACCCUACCAGAGCACCGAGCAGCUCGCCACGGCUGGCAGCAAGGAGCACUCCACUGGAACACAGGCAGUGUCCACAGCCAACUCCUCGGGCGUUGCGACGCGCGGCUCAUCUGCCGCCCACCCGUGGCCGUGCCACUUGUGGCCGCGCGAUGAGUCGCCGCCACCACGCUUCUCCUCUCUGCAGGACUUGAGUGAGUGCGAAGCCCAGUGUCUGUUGCCGGCGUUUGAAGAAGCCGUGGCGUCCGACGACCGCUAUGAUGCAGAUGUUGCUGGUUUCCACACAGCGCCUUUCCGUGAUGACCCUGCAUUUGCCGGUGAACAGGUGGAGCCGUUGACGGGUUCCGCCCCUGACUGCGCUCUAGCCGCUGGCGGCAGGAGCAGCAGCAGGCUUCCGGAAACAUCCAACAGCCGCACCAUGGGUACACACUUGCAUGAUGCAUCACUUUCUCAUGCGCCAGCACUUGUCAGUAGAGCGGAAAAUUCAGAGGUUUCCGAUUGCCAGGCAACCACUUCUGGCAACACAGGUGGUGGUAACACAUGUCAAGAAUCUGUGAAUGUUGAUCGAAGGGCGUCUACUUGAUGUUGAGGUUUGCGAAAGGAAAAAUGAUGAUUGUGGCUAACUGUGAAACCAUGUUAGUGGUGGUACAGCAGCCUAUGUGAGCCUUUGUUUUUAGGUAUCAACUAUAGGAGCCUGUUUUCUUGGGUGGUCCUGCUUAGCUAGUUUUUAUCAAUGCCCAGAAAUUGCACGUUUCGUGCCUUGUGGCAGGCAGUUUGCCGUGAACAUCAGGCGAACUUGAAUGUUUAUGCGCGUAAGAGAUGCACCAACACUUGACGAUGCUUUAGUCUAUAACAAAGCAUGUGCUGACGCGGACCUUGUUGUACCAGAAACAUUGUGUUGCACUUAUAAAAGGCCUGUAAAGAAUGCUGGUUCUUAACUGCAAAUGAAUGCAGUCUCGGAGGUUUUAGAAAGCUAUUAGUGGCUUAAGUUCUGCAGAUAGACGCGAACUGCACAGGGUGAUGCUCAAUGCAGUGGACACAAAGUGUGACAUGUGGCUCUGUACAUCUCCGAUGCAUCUGUUGCAUUGAGGCUGUAUGCAAACAUUGCCUGAAGAUUGAGAUUGCAAAAUAUGUUCACUUUUAAGGCUAGAUAUGGUACCGCACCGUGGUGUGCUGUGCUUGUUUUAAAAUGUUUCUCGAGUUCCAUUGUUUAUUAUAAAUGCACUUUAAUUGCUGGUAAACUGAGAGUGGCAAAAAGUGGAAGCCAAAGUCUGCAACAGUUUCAUGCUGUAUAUUGAGCAAAAAAAAAAAAAAAAAGCCAAUAACAGUAUGGUUAUGUCCUAAGCCUGCAAAGCAGCAGGUAGGUUGCACCAAACUUGAUCCUGAGCAUUCUGAGUAAGCCAUAGCCACGUUAGGCCCUUGUACCUCUAGUUAUGUUCACUAGUUCAAUUUGCAAUUGGAUAACAUGAUGUUUUUGAAAUGUUAUGGGGGGCUGUUAGGCCCUUGUACCUCUAGUUAUGUUUGCUAGUUUAAUUUGCAAUUGAAUAACAUGAUGUUUUUGAAAUGUUAUGGGGGGCUGUUAGGCCCUUGUACCUCUAGUUAUGUUCGCUAGUUCAAUUUGCAAUUGGAUAACAUAUGCAUGAGUUGUGUGUAGUAUAGGGAUUCUUUGAAAUAUGGGGGGCUUUUUCUUUAGAAUAAUUACUGAUGCUUGAACUGAUAACUUUUAGUAUUUUAAUGGUAGAUACCUUUUCUUUGCGGUGUUGCCACAUGAAGGCUCUUUUUUUCAGUAUUGAAGCCUAUAGGUGGCAAGAAGCACGUGAAAAGUCAAACGCACCACUGAACGGUAGUUAUUCUCUAUUGUGACCUGAGCAGUCUACAGCAACGACUGCAUUUCCUUUCAACUCGCUCUUUUUUAUUUACGUUAAGGGUAACUCGUUAUAGUGUUUCUUUUAGCUGUGUUCACUGCAACUAUAUCAAGCUCUGUAUUACCUCUUUUCAUCCUGUAUUACUGUGCCAAUUUGGACAUUCCAAAUGUCUUUAAUCUAGAAUUCAGGUAAACGUUUUCUUAGCUGCUGUUUGUGAUUUGCAGUUGUGUAUGUGUGGUUUUCUCCAUGGACCCUUGUUUAGUUAUGUGACUUGCUGAUUCUUAUGCUAAGAAAUUCGUUUUUAUGGCCAGUUUUGAAGUAUGUGAAACAUAUUCUGCUUGUGUAAGAUAUUAAAUGUCACUUGAGAUGUGCAUUUAAGCAAGCCACUAAGCUCUCGGCAACUUUACAUGUUAACUGCUUAGCUCUUAAUACAACAAAAACAUUUCCUCACUUAAGCAACACAUUCAACGAAAGGGAAUGCUGUUGUGCUUGUUUUUUUAGAGCACACGAGGGCUAGUUGUGUCAUCUUUGUAAUACACUUGUUCUGAAGCAUGGAAGAGAUAGCGUGUGAAGGAAAUCUGAAUAGCUUGGCAGAGCUUGUAAGCUUGACCUUUUAGGGUUCAAGAUUGACCUGUGAGCAAGGCAAAAAAUAUGUUGGUUUUUAGCAUGGAAAACGCUCUAUAUAGCAGUGCCAAUGUCUUUAAGGUGCUGUUCUACAGGAUGUGUUAUAUGAUAAUGUAUCUGACAUCCUACUUUGUUAUGAUAUGCUCCACCAACUGGCAAAGUAAUACUUAAAUCCGCAGACUUGUUUACCUAACAAGAGUUCAAGACCAUGGUUAUGCACUGUGGGCGCAACGUUAAGUUGAAAAACUUGUUAGCAAUGAAUUUGUUUCUAGAUAGAUUUCUAGCCUGAUGUAAUAUGACCACUAUACCAGAACUGUUGACAAAAACAGAGAGCUGCUUUGAAAGCUUGGCAUUGGAGAUACUCUUGUAUUUUUGCGUGCUCUUUCCGAUAAUUGUGUUAGCAACUGGUUUUAAGCACUUAACAGAUGUUUCAAGGCCAGUUUAUUGGUAGCCUUUCGUGAGUAGCCCUAGUAAAAUAAGCUCAGAUGCCAGAAAUCUCGCUACAGCAGGGCCCCAAUAUCUUGCCUAUUACGAAGCGGAGGCUGUUUUCUGCUGCUAGGUGUAACGUAUUGUUUGCCUGUUCACAACGCAGUUGUGAGGGGAACUCUUUGUGACGUGUCUUCGUUCUCACAUUAAAGUGGGCUCGUUGUGCCGCGACAUAUCAGCUAGCGUACAAACUCGCAGGAAGUGGCUAGUGUUGGAGAAAGGCACAGAAUGGCUCUCUCUAGAUCACUUUCAAGAAUGUCGCUUACACUGUCCCUGUUGACUAGUCGAUGAGUGUGAACAUAAUGAAAGAAAUUAGCUAACAGGUGUAUUUCCCAUUAGCACUGCUAUCACACACACCACAGAGAGGUAUAUUGUUGGAAUAACUGCAGAAAUGCCGGGGCAAUAACGGGUGCCCCUGUUGGCAUUGAGGUAUUGCGCUGAAUGAGAAAAAACUUAAGUGAUUCUUGUAGUGAUGGAUUAAGAGUUAACAGCCUUAGCAAUCCUCGAGGGAAGAAAAGAUACGUGAGGCAAUGUCAAAGUGGUGUCGUCGACACACAAGGCAGAGGUGUUUGUGUAACACCCCACAGCCACCCCUGCACCUUCUCUUGCUCACACAUUUUUCACCGGAUAGCCUAAAAGCAGCAAUAUGUUUCUGCCGUGGGGGAAAGAAAUGCUUUGUGCCAAAAAUGCUGUGAGAGCGCUGCUUCUUUUUCUGUCCUCUGCCCGUCCAUUGCAUCUGAAAGUAUGUUUUGGGACACCGGCACAGAAUGCAUGCUUUGCUAUUGGGGCUCGAGUGCUGCACAUUGCAGAUUUUGGAUGAGGCUCUCCUCUUGGAGGUAUGUUAUCUUUUCUCAAAGCUUGGACCUUUUCCCAAGCUUUCCUAGUACAUGCCAACAUGCGUACAAAGCUUCUCUGAAAUAGUUCAGAAAGAAAGAGGCACUCAAAUUGUUAUUGUGAACAAACUGUGAGGUGUGGCCUUUGCAUAUUUCUGGUAAUGUGAUGUAUCUGAGUUGAGGCCAGCACUGCAAACUUGGGAAGUUUCACAGUUGUAAGGACAAGAUGGCUUGCUCAGGAGGACUGUGAUUACUCGUACAGCUUGUACUGUAUCUACAUGCACCACCAGACAUCCGCAUUAAUGUACAUGCCCGCUGAGUACAAGUACAGCAGCAUACUUCUGAUCAGUGCCUCACAGGCAGCAUUGGCAGUACUGUGUAGACAAGACCGUUUUACAAAACUGAACUCUAGAGGAGAGCCUUCUCGGGCUGUAGCCUCCCCACUUUUUCUGGUUGUGCUUCAAAACAAGUUCAAAGUGAACAACGGUUCAUAACCUUUGAGUGGUGGCAGCACACGGCUCAUGUGCUACCUCCUUCCUUCCCUUUAUGGAGGAAAAAAGAGGAAGAGCUACAUCGCACUGUUAUUUUUUAUGUCAGAGCGCAUGCAAAUAGAGCCACGGUUGUGUCCUUGUUUCCUGGUCAAAGCUGUACUAUCGCUGGUAACUUGCUGCUUCACACGAAAGGGGUGUAGCUUUUUGUGCGUGUGAGCAGAUGGCACGUUUGUCAUGCUGCUCGGUGCAUUUGUGUGUAAUAUUCAAGCAGGCAUAUCCCUUUGAACCAGCAUAUCAAGGAUCGCCUUCUGUGUGUGUGUGCAUGUGUGUGUCUAUGUUAUCACUGGCAAAAGCUCAGACUGAAUUCCUGCCAAACAGCUUGCUUUUACUGGGGCUUGUGCUUUUUUGCUCUGCUUGGGAACGGUCUGCGAAGUGCUUUCGUUUGAGCCCGGAGAGGAUCGUCGAGCAACACUGCAACACGCUUCCGAGACAGAGUUGUACCUGUCACUUGCUGUGGUGCGUUUGGAAGCACGUGUUGCAGCUAUAUGUUGCACUAUGUAAUGCACUUGCGGUACAUAAUCUGUCGUUUUCUUUUUUUUUUCCCUACAAGUUUAACUUGAAUUGAGUGUUGAUGCUAUGAGCAUGACUUGAGCUGCCAUAAUUCUGCCAGCAUUUGCGCUGAAUGUUAGACACAGAGGUUCCCCCCGCCAUUUGUGUAUUUGCUGCUAAAAAAAAUAAGCAGGGAGAGCUAGAAGGAUUUAAGCUCUUUAAAGGCACUCUGAUGGUAUUGACAGGUGAAGUGGCGUCAAAGCAAAAGUUAAUGUCGAGAGGCUUGCCUUGUUUUUCAACUCACAUUGUAUGAAAAUUCGGCUCUGGUGACACGAGCUGUUCCACAGUGUCUCCAAUAGUGGGAAGAUUUGCGAAAUUGUGAGAAUGAUGAAACAGGUGCACAUAGCACACAAGUGAGCCAAUGUGCUUCGCUACAGCUUUUGCAUUUUGGUUGUAAAUCUGCUUUAAUGAAUGUCUACCUCCAAAAUAUCCUCAUUGGUUCAUCUUGUAGGGCAGUGUUUUCUCCGAGCAUACCCGUGAGUGACAAGUCAUAAGCAACCAUGAUUGUGACAUUAUGGAGGUGCACUACUUGUGCAGCUUGCAUAAGGAACUAAAUUCUGUUUUGAUCAAUAGUAAUCGAGCAGCAUCCCCUGAUUGGCCACGAUUGAUCACUUCAAGUUUAUAUCUCUCUGUGAACCUCGGUCUUGCUUAAGUCCUCUUUUGGCUUUUUGCAAUUGGCCUGGUAUAUGUUGCUUUAUGGUCCCUCAAGGGAUUUUUGGAAAUUACAGUGAAUGGGCACUUUCAUUGUUAAAGCUUUUGCUGACUGCACAUUUUCACUUGUUCCAUUUACCAAUUUGUGUCCUUUCUCAGAGAGGAUGGCCAAAGCUGAGGCAUUUGUGCGUUGCAGGAAGCGUGGCAGGUGGUUGCUGUCUAGGAAGAAAGGUUAUUUGAACCUUAGUGACACUCAGCACUGUGGCAUUUUAGCAUAUUCUUACAGGUCAACUGGAAACCAGGUUUUCCAGGUGUCAGAAUUGAAGAUCAGUCAGAAAGUAUCCAGAACUAGCCAUAAGACAGCCAGCUUUAAGCUAGGAAUGCAAGAAGUAUGAGAAAGUCGGGAAAUGUUGUCUGGUUGGGUAGUAAAUCUAUGUAAAAAAAAAACAUGAAUGUUCUUUCCUUCGGUCCUUUCUUUUUCUUCUGGCAUGAAUAACAAAGUCAUGAUUGUCACGAGAAAAAACUUGUCGAUAUACAAGGUUGAUUUUCUCUGCCUAUGGCAGAUGGCAGUUUGUAGAUCAAUGAUAAUGGUUUAUUGUUUUUUGACUGACACCAAGUCACACCAAACCGCCAUGACAACUUCUGCCAAACGAAAGCAAAACAAUGCUUACUUUAACCCUUUGCGUGCUUUCGAUAUUCAUUCAGUGCUUCUGUGAUAAGCGGCACCAACUUCAGAUGUAACAAAAACAGUUGAACCUUGUUAUAACAAAUCGCAUCCGACUCAAAAAUAUAUUCGUUUUCUCUGAUGUUUGUUAUGUGCAUAUACUUGUUAAGCUAUGAAUAUUCAUCUGCAAGAGAAAUUUAGGUCAACUUUGUUACAUCAGGUAAUUUGUUAUAUCCGUGUUCACUAUAUUGAGGUUAGACUAAUAACCAUCAUGGAUAUCAUGAAUUAUUGGAUAUAACUAUGUAAAUCUAAAAUGCCCUUCGAUACCAGCAUGUAGUGAAUGUAUGCUUAUAACGAAUAUCGGAUAUAACGAAGGCAUUUUCAUGUCGGACACGAAUUUGUUAUAGUGAGUAGUAGUGCAGCCAGGAAUUGUCUAAGCAGAACACCCACAAAAGUACUCGUUAUCUCAUCACGUAUCCAAAGCUGGCAAUUGUGCUCCAAGAACUAUGACCCAGUUCACCUGAAUUGCAUCUCUGUUCAUAUUACACUGCAGCGUUGCUUCUUCUUAGUGCCUUGCUGCUGUUGCAAGCACUUUUCUUUCUUCUUCUUCUUGCAAAUAGCGCAGCCUCCAAGCCUAGCAUUUGAGCACAGAUCCUUGUGACGCGGGCUGCCACACAAUUAUGCAAUGUACAUGCACCCACAUGAUGUACUUUUUCUCAAUUGCCAAUAUUGUAUUUUCACUAUAGUGUUGUUGUUCUGGCUGUGCCCAGGGUCAUUUGUGUGAAGGUGUGGUGACUUGUAGUUGUGCUCGUGCCAGACGUUUCUGAGGCCCCCCUUCAGUGCCAAAGUGUUUUACCCUCGUUCUAGCUGUUCUUGGAGUUGCACAGUAGCUCUUACUCACUGUAGGUUAGCAUAGUGUUGCUCUUGGCAUUUGCCACUCAAGCAUGCUGCUUGCUGCCGAGUUUUCUAACGAGGCAACAGCACUGGCUGUUCAUCGCAAAGGUUGUUGCUCUUUGAAUAUAAAAUCGAGGACACCUGAAGAUCAUAAGCUAUUCGUAGCCGCACCCACAGUGGAUCUAAUGAAAUUCUUGUUCCUAUUUAAUUUCCUUUCUGAGCCUGCAUUGUCACUGCCAGUCUCAUUUAAUGAGCUAGUUCCCAAUGAAAACACAAUGUUUAAUCAUUAAAGUGAACACUGUAGUGUCAUUCGCUGACUGGCACUGCAGUUGUGAUGAAUUAGGAAAUAAUAGUUCAGAUGAAAUGUGCUUUGUCACAGUGAGCAGUGAAAUGCAAUACCAUUUGUACAUUUAUUAAAUAUGUAGUGCAUGUUAAUAGUUUUCAUGUAUAUAUAUGUGAACCGAAGACUGAAAGAAAGGUAUGGAAGCGCUUGAUGUUUCCAUCUCCCAAUAAGCAUUCACAAGGUAUUAUGGCAGUCAUGCACAUAUAGAGCCAAAGGAACAAAAGUGCAAACUUGUACGACUGAGUUCACAGUCAGUAAAGAAUUGUAUAUUGACAGUGUUGUACUUUUAGCGGUAAGAAAGCAGUGGCAAGAAUAUCAUUUUUCUCUGUGGGUGCGGAAUGUUUAGCAUUCAGUUCAUGAUCGCGUUAGAGUAUUUCAUUUGUAUCUGUAAGCCGUUAGCCACACUAAAAUGCCCUUGCAGCUUAGUGUGUUGCAAUUGCAGUGACUUUAAGUGUGGAAGGCUCAGUUUUACCACCGGUACACAGUGUCCUUGACUGUAUUGGCUGCUUGAUCUAGGAUGCUCCAGAGUUAUUUUUCAUCUUGCCCUUUGCACUGGGGCAGUUCACAGCGAAGAGUUUAUAGUUCCUUCUAGUGCCUCAGAGCCAAGCACCAACCGGUGCAGCCACUUUGCAGCGAUCGAGCCAUCCUGAUGUCCAAGUGCUCAAAACUGUCAUCAAUUGUUGUCCUCCCCACCAUUUGUUUGUGCAGUGUCCUAGUGCAGUCGUCAUGUCACCUGAAGAACUGUUUCUCCAUUGUUAAAUUAUCUUUACUCACUGAAUGUACUGGUCUUCUGGAUGGCCUAGUUAGUGUUGGCCAGCAUUUAUAUGCUAAUUAAGCAUGGUCAAAAGUUUAUUUUCUAUUAUAACACCCAUGCCAAGGCAGAGCUGGAGCAUUUGAAUUGGUGCCUGGAAGCAGCAUACACUUUCUAGACACCUACCUCAAAAGGCUAAUCCUUAAUGAAAUGGUGUCUGGAAGCAGGCCGUAUAGUACUGUGCAGGCCGAGAGCAGAGGAGUAGCUCUCUUUCAGAGGCAUGUCGCUAGGUGUUGCCAAUUAACAGUGAAUCUGGGUAUUAUCGGCAAAUGUCCUUCCGAUGUUGCUUUUUCCUGAAGCCCUUGCCAAUCAGGUCAUGACCUAUGAUGCUUCCUUUGCAAGCACCAAUAUGUGUGUUCUUCAGGAGUGGUUAUGACGGCUGCAUUGCCCAACUUGUUUGUAUGUCAACCACUUGUUACUCCUGUCAACACCCACUGUCGUCUGGAACUUCUCUGUAAGCUUCCAGACAUGGCAUUACGCCAUGGUUCCUUUUGAGUGACCUGAACUUUUCUUUUUUUCAAGCAAUGCAGCGUUUUCUGCUGACCGCUCAUUUCGCAUUGUUUGGCAAUGUAUAAACUCGGGGCCUGCAAUCUGCCCUAACGUACACAACAUAAGCAUCACAGAGCUUCUCGCUGUUUCCUAUACAAGUAACUUUGGUAAACCGUGUGACAUGACACCUGUUAGACCUGCUGCCGCGAGCACUGCUCACCGUCUGCUGUGCAUGCGAGUGUGAAUGUUGUGAUUUGUGCCUGCUUGGGCAAUUUGUCACACAAUAUUUUCUUGUUCUUUGUGCCCUUCAGGCAUACUUCUAGAAGAAAUAUUAUGAAGGCUUUCACACUCUUUUUCUUGCAUAGUUGUAGGUGUACUUUCUGUGGCAAGAGCGCUCAGUCGCAUGAAUGCUCAUGGUACGGACUUUUGUAGCAACAUCUUGCGGCUAGCGAUGCACAUCCCAGCUGUCUGCAGUCGGUGACAACCUAAGAAUAAAAUGGCUAAAUACCCCAUUGUUCAACUCGAAAGGAAUUUGUAUAAACAUGCCAGCCAAUUACUACCGCUCAUUUCUGUGACAUCAUGCCAGAGACGAACUUCAUUCAUUGGCGUCUCCUGGUGACUAUGUUUGGCAGAGCGGAGGCAUACAGCAGAGGUGCGGUGUUUUCCUAGGCGGAGCUUCUACUGGUUUCUUGGGUUGUCACCAAGUAUAGAUUUGUGCAUAAUACCUGCCGUAGCGGCUCUCACUUGUUGCUCUGUACGGUAAAAUAGGGAAAGGAUCGCCGUUUGCGCUGUUGCAACACACGGAGCAAUUUAUAUUCAAAAUUUUGUGGGAACUGCAAGGUGGUGUCCUGCCUUGCAAAAAAGCUGGCUUGCAAAACUUUGCUGGUGCGAUUCGUUUUUGAAAGUGUUAUGCCUCACGCAAUCUUUUAUAUGUAAUUUUAUUAAGUAAAUGGCAAAACAAAACAGCAACGUUCUUCUGCCAUAACGAUCAGAGUUUUCACACUGUCGUAACAAUCACUAUGUGACGACAUUGGUUACAUUGUCAACAAAUAGCGUCCAGAAAGUUUUGCUAGUGAGCACGUCCACAAGGAAAGACACAUACCUUGCCUGUACUACGACCUGCGGCGACACUGGUGGAAUUUUGAAUGCGUCAAAGCUAUGUACUUCAAGCUCAGUAACCCCUGCCGGUCGAGAAAUUACGCGUUCGCUGGCAAAAUCAAAGUAUUUAUGCGCACCACUUUGCUGCGUCUACACAAUAUAGCCAGGUGUGCGUUUGGCCCCUUCAGUCACGUGGUUUCCUUGUGGUAAAUGUGCGCCUUUGUGAACUGCGUGCAUCCAGUGAAUCAACUUCACCUCUUUGCUCAUGUGCUGUACAGUGAAGUUUUAAUGUGCUUUUGGGCUGGCUGUGUAUCUUAUUGAUUGUGUGCAAGACAGUUGUUGAGGCCUUUUCUUUUAGAAUUAAUAUUAUUCUUCUGAUAAACGUGCAAUGGAAACACUAGAUUAGUGCAAAUAAGUGUCCUACGCGAAUACUGCGCUUAUAGUAGUAUAGAAUGAUGACAUGGAUGUCCCACUGGAGCAACUUCCACACCUUCUAAGGUGCAUCUGCAAAUGGGAGCUAGAUUUAAAAAUUAAGGCAGCCAUAUCACUCUGCCAAUGGUACUUCGACAUAGCGGCCGUACAGUGACAUUAGUGGCAUGGCACAACACACCACCGGCCGCUUAGAACAGUACGCACAACUGUUUGCGAACAGUAAUGCGCAUUCAUGUUAAAUUUAGUUCUUUGUGUGCUCUCCUGGCUGUGCAAGUCAUCCAGACAUACCGUUGAAAAGGUAUGCUGUACCUGUCAUGAGCCUGUUGCUCUUCGUUCUUGUCACUUUCGUCAGCGAACUGCAUUAGUGUUUCAAAGCAGCUGUUAAUCAAAUGUGAAUACUUAAGUGCAAUUGGUGAACUUCGCUGCAACAUAUCCACGUACGGUGCACGCGCUGUACUCUCACCUGAGGCCCUUUUCUUUUUGUCUUGGAUAUCGUAUGCGUGUUGUGCAUUAUCAUUAAUCUGCUGUGGUAUACUUUCAGCGUCUGCUGUGGUGUGCUUUCAGCGGAUUUUCACCCAGAAGGAUUCGUGGAGCCUCGCACAUGACGUGAUUGUUGCAUCACGUAGUCUAAAAUACUUACGGAAAAUUUGAGGGUAGAGCCAUCCUGAGUGAAAAGGUACCUAAGUAUUUCGAAUCAGAUUGCACGAGAGAAUGGUGCGGUGACGUAGGCGUCGCAAGGCAGUUCGCGUCGUUUGCCAUUUGGGUAAACGAGACUUUGCUCCCGCAGAUUGGUGCGCAUUCGGCGACAAGGUGGCGCUACUAUUGCUUGGUUCAGCGUAACCGUUCUGGGUGUAAAAGCGUAUUUGCCUUUCUUUCUGGGCGGUGCCGUCCUAAGCGAGAAGUGUGUUCCAGAGCUUUUAGCUCCGAUCGGCGCGAGGCAAAAGACCAGCGUCGUCGGCUGGUCGAGGACUCCAUCCAUUCCUGUUGUGUUGUCUCGUGUCCGUACACAUUGUUUGUUUCUGUCUAUGCGUCUCGCGCGCCUUGGUGGGCUCGAUCGCUGCUGAGCCUCGCAUACAUUAUAUAUACAUGGAACAUCUGCUGCAACGACAACUAAUAAACUAUAUAUAUCUAUAUCGAUGCUGAAA